CGUGUCAAAGAAAGUGCUCUCUCUCUCUCUCUCUCAAAAUGGCUCUGCAACUCUGGGAAGCACUGAAGGAGGCGAUCGUGGCCUACAUGGGCCUAUAUCCGGCGACCUUCUUCACACUCUUGGCUCUGCUCGUGGCCGCUUACCAUGUGCUUUCUGGGCUUUUUGGGCCAUCUGAUACCCACCAGCGGCCCAGGAGCUUGGAGGAGAUGCAGCCUCUGCCGCCGCCGGUCCAGCUCGACGAGAUCACCAAGGAGGAGCUGAAGCAGUACGACGGCUCCGAUCCCAAGAAGCCUCUGCCUAUGGCUAUCAAUACGGAUUCAAUUACUACUUCCUCUUCUCCUCUCACCCGUUCAUCUCCAUACGAUGUGUUUUUGAGUUUUAGAGGUGUGGAUACACGAAACAACUUCACAGGCCAUUUGCACACUUAUUUGGUUCAGAAGGGAAUUAAUACCUUCAUAGAUGACGAUGAGCUUAGAAAAGGAGAAGAAAUAUCAUCUGCACUUCUCAAAGCAAUUGAAGGGUCAAAGAUUUCUAUCGUCAUAUUCUCUGAAAACUACGCAUCCUCAAGGUGGUGUUUGGAUGAACUUGUUAAAAUCCUUAAAUGUAAGGAGUUGAAGCAACAAUUGGUUUGGCCGGUGUUUUACAAGGUGGAUCCCUGCGAUGUACGGUACCAGCAGGGUAAAUACGCUGAGGCACUUGCUAAACAUGAGUGCAGAUUCAAGGACAACAAGGACAAGGUGGAGAGAUGGAGGACGGCUCUUAGGGAUGCAGCUAAUAUAUCAGGGUGGACUUUCUCCGACGGGCAUGAAGCUAAGUUCAUUAGUCAGAUUGCUGAAGAGAUUGCAGAACGAGUGGCAAAACGUACCUAUUUAAAUGUGGCAAAGCAUCCCGUUGGAAUAGAGUCUCGUGUACAAGAUAUGCUUGAGCUUUUAGAUGUCGGGGGAAGUGAUGUUCGCAUGGUUGGUAUAUGGGGUAUUGGCGGGAUAGGCAAAACAACAAUUGCUAAAGCUGUUUACAACUCAAUUGCCCAUAAGUUUGAAGGUUGGUGUUUCUUGGGAAAUGUUAGAGCAACUUCAGUACCCCAUCAAGGCCUAGUUCAACUACAAAAUGAUCUUCUUUAUGAGAUUUUAGGGGGGCGGAAAAUGGAGAUGACUAAUGCUGAUAGAGGAAUCCAGGUGAUAAAGGAAAGAUUGGGUAGUAAAAGGGUUAUCUUAGUUCUUGAUGAUGUGAAUGAAUUGAACCAGUUGGAAAAAUUAGCUGGAGGAUUGGAUUGGUUUGGUUCUGGCAGCAGAAUUAUCAUAACAACAAGAGAUAAACGCUUGCUAAUUAAUCAUCCUAUCUAUGCAAUAUACAAGGCCAAGGCAUUAGGUAAUAAUGAAGCCUGUGAACUCUUGAUUUUGAAUGCCUUCAAGAAAAACAGAAAUCUAGAUGAGUGUGUUAAAUUCCCAAUUUAUACUGCUGUACACUAUGCUGCCGGCCUUCCAUUAGCUAUAAACAUUUUAGGUUCACUUCUCUGUGGUAAAAGUAUAAAUCAAUGGCAUGCUACAUUAGAUGGUUACAGAAGAUUUCCUAACAGCAAUAUCCAAAAAGUCCUCCAAACAAGUUAUGAUGCAUUGGAAGAUCCGUUGAAAGAAGCAUUUCUCGACAUUGCAUGUUUCUUGAAAGGUAAAUGUAAGAAUUAUGUGAUGCAAGCACUAGAGGCUCUAGAGGGUUCUUACCUCAACCCUAUAGAUGCUAUUGAAGUACUUGAAGAAAAGGCCCUCAUAAAUACCGAUAGAUCUGGUAUGAUUUGGAUGCAUGACUUGCUGGAGGAAAUGGGAAAAGAAAUAGUUCAUAAAGAGUCACCUGAAGAUGCUGGCAGACGUAGCAGACUAUGGUUUCAUGAGGAUGUUUUUCAUGUGUUAACCGAAAAUACAGGCUCAAAUAAAGUUAAAGGCAUCAUUGUAGAGCUACCAAGAGAAGAUGAGAUAUGCUUGAGUGCUAAAUGCUUUAAAAAGAUGAAAAAUCUUCAACUUUUUAGAAACAUUAAUGCACGCUUCUCUGGAGAGGUUAAGUAUCUCCCAAAUCAGUUGAGGGUCCUUGAUUGGCCUGGAUUCCCAGCACAAUCUUUGCCAUCCGACUUCAAUCCACAAAAACUCAUCAAGCUCAAUAUGCCAAAUAGUCGCAUCUCACGACUUGGGCAAGGACUCAAGGUAUUCUAA